CUUGACGAUGGCGCUAAUGAGUUGUGCUCAGUCGCAACAGUACCAUUAUCCGCGUCCCAACACUCCAUUCCAAGUGACGCCCCAGCGUCCAUCCGCUAAGUAUAUAGUUCAAACACUUGGACCACAUGGACGCACCUAUGAGCUACAAGCGCACCUAUCGCCAGCAGUUUAUGUGUCCCAUGAAUCACAUUUGGUGCCAGGCAUUCAGCAGCAGCAGCAACAGCAGUAUCAUCAUCAAAUUCCACAUCAGGUGCAGCAACCGCAGCAGCAGCAAUACCUUCCCCCCAGUUCGCUACACCAAAAUCCGCUGCUGAUCAACACCAACAGCUACCCACAAAUGUCAGCGGGCUUAGCCGCACCACCAGCGCCCAACAGCUACUACAGUCAGCCACAGCUACAGGCGCAUGCACCGGCACCAAAUCAGUUGCAGCAGUCAGCUGACAGUUACUAUAGCCAACCACAGGCUUUGACAGUUGCACAGCCAGCGUCCAACUAUGGUCCACCUCAACAGCAGCAGCAGCAGCAACAUCAGCAACUGCAGCAACAUCAGAGACAGCCACACAAUAGCAACCCACAGCCGUAUGCCAUUGUCACGCUGCCACAUGGCCAACGCGUUCAGGAUGGUGGCCAUGGUUCCGGUCCACCCCCACCUGAGGUUAACGGAUACCCCGCGGCGCCUCCACGCAUCGGUGACUACAACGCCCAGUCGCCGAGCUCAGCACUGGACACCUACGACUACAAACAAUCGAUACCAGGUGAUACGCGCAACUAUCAGCGCCAUGUGACGAACUGCAUGCCCAAUGGACAGUGUCAGCAGCUGAAUCUCAAUCCCGGCCAAAUUGACAUUGAUCAUCAUAAGGUGUUGCACGCGGCGCGUGCGCAAACGCAACCAGCUAAAGUUGGUUGCCAGCCGGAUAACUUUGUGCCUCCAGGAGCCCAGCCAAAUGCUCAGGGUCAGCUACGUCCGAAGGAUAGACGACUCCAUGCCCAUGUCCAGGAGCAGGUGGCCAGGUAUCCUUAUAACUAG